CUUUUACCCGGACCCCCCGCGCACCUUUCCUGCAUAAGGCUAUGGCUUAAUUUAACACCAAAACUACAUACCUCUUCACAUUUCUGCAUAUGAACAUCCAAAUCCCACAAUACGCGUUUAUCGGUCUUGGCGCUAUCGGUUUUGAAACGUCGCAGCAUAUUCAUAAACAUUUGGUCUCUACAGGCGGCAAGCCUUUGCUCGUGCACAACCGAACCUUGGCCCGAGCGGAAGCACUCAAAGCGAAAGUACCCGACAUUCAAGUUGCCGAGACGAUCAAAACUGUCGCUGAACAGGCCGACAUUAUCUUUACCUGUUUACUCAAUGACGCCGUUGUCAAAGACGUGAUUGACAAUCUGUUGGCCCAUGGUUUGAAAAAGGACAGCAUCAUUGUCGAACAAUCCACCAUUGCACCAGAUGUUUCUCAAGAAUUAGCUAGCAAGGUCGAACGGUAUGGGGCUCAUUUCGUUGCCUGUCCAUUCAUGGGUCCACCUGCCAAAGCACGUGUUCAGGGUUUGAUUAUCCUUGCUGGUGGUCGGUCGCAAGUCUUGGAGGAAAAAGUGUUGCCUAUUCUGGUUCCUGCUACGGGGCCCAAAGUCAUCCGUACUGGUGAACAGCCGCGUCAAGCAUUGCAACUCAAGUUGACCGGUAACUUUUUUGUCACGUCGUUUGUCGAAAUGUUGGGCGAAGGCAUGACUCUGGCUCAGGCUUCGGGUAUUGGUCAAGAUAAGGUCAAGGAUUUGAUGGAUGGUCUUUUCCCGGGAACACUUUUGCCCAUGUAUGCAGACCGGAUGAACAGAAACACGUAUGAAAACGAAAUACAUUUUCCGCUCACGUCGGCCAAGAAGGAUGCUACCCAUAUCCUCAACAUGGGCAAGGAAUACAACACCAAGCUGCCCAUCACUGAACUAUUCUUGAGCCAUUUGGAAUCAGUCCAUAAGGAGCAUGGCGACUGGGAUAUGUCGAGUAUUGUCUGUCAACUGAGAAAGGAAGCAGGAUUGAAAAACGAUGGCAGCAAACCAUAGAACUUUAUAUAAAAAACCGGUCUAUGAUAAAAUUCACCCAUACAUCUCAGGGUUAUACUAUGAUACCAAACCAACAACUGCUGCCAACACUAACAUCAUGAUCUUGGGGCAAUUACUCCCUUAUGCCCAGAAUCAAAAACAUUGCAUUAAGCGCAGUAAUGUCUUUAUCAUAGUCGAUCACUAUGAGGCUUUUUUAAAGUCGAGCAGUAGUAUUGAUGUUAUUUUUCGGUGUACGUCGUCAAUACAAAAACGUAGUAACACUACAGUACAUAUGCUGUGCUACUUAUUACUGACGAAAAUACAACAUUAGCGAACAGCAUGCUAGCAGUAUCAGUAAAAAAAACCAUAUACCUUCAUACUGCAAUCGUGCCCUCAUCCCAUUUAUAUCGUAGCUGAAUAUUAU